UGAUAAUGAUGGACAGAAGGAUAAGGAAGACCUGUAGACUACAUAUAAAUGCAAAGCUCCAAGUGUCCAUCUUGUUGUCGUUUCUGCUGAGUUUUUCUAUGGCUUUACUGUUGUGUGACCUCUCUUUGCAGAUGUACGAGUGACCCAGUGUGCCAACUCAUCAGAGGGGAUGGUCAAGCCAGACUGACGUCACCCAUCAGCCUCUGUAAUCGAAAGAGACGCUAAUCCGUCUCUGCCCCAAAGCCUUGUAGUUGGUAGGGAGGAAAAGGGAAACAUCCAGAGACAGAGAGGGAGAAAGAGAGACGAAACCAAGCGAAGUUGGAUACAGGAGAGAGGGGAGCACAUGUGGGCAGAUGGGAGGUCAUAUUGACCUGGACCAGAGAAGCAAAGGGCUGCCUUGACUGACCAAGAAAGACCAAAGCUUCACUCGCAACUGGAUCUUCUAUCAAGCUCUGGUAUUUCUAAAGGUCUGGAAGCCCAACUUCUUCCAGGCUUCGCUCUGGAGGCCACAAGUUCCUGUGGAAGGACAGCAGAGGGGGAAUGCUGUGGGAGCUGCUCACCCCCUCAUGCACCCCCUCUGGUGUCGCCUUUGCUCACCGUGGAGGAGCCAAGCUUCACCACUGUGGAACUAUGCCAAGACGAACAAGACAUGCACCUGACUGCUAAAGAAGGGAGUGUGCAGAAGAUGAGUGAUCAAGAUCCGAACUGUGAAGAUAUGCAGAAGAAGGACCAAAGACUGCCAUUCCAGAUUUUCCCAGACGCGAUAGAAAUUGUCUUGGGCCCAGAGGUGUCACUGAACAGUCCAGAUCGGGACAAGGAGCGUCUGCCUUCCAUCGUUGUGGAGCCCACAGAAGUGAGCGAAGUGGAAAGCGGCGAGCUGCGCUGGCCUCCCGAGAACAUAGAAACAGAAGACGAUGAGGAGGACCUGUUCCUGGAGCAGUGCAUCCCCCCAGCCAACAUUGCUGACUGGGGAGAAGACGAGGAAAAGGAGGAGACAUCAAUAGCACUGCAGCAGCAGUCAGGCCUGACACUCCUUGACCUUCAGUCUGAUGCAUUUAGAGACGACACCCCGACUCUUCCUCCCAACAGUGCCCCCACCUUCCACUAAGAACAUCGCCUCUGCUGACCCUGCGAGGAAACAUCUUGAGAUGAACUGUGGCAAUAACUGUUGGGAUGAAAAAAUAACAACAAAAACAGCUGCAAAGCAGCAAACACGUUAUGAUAAUAGUUAGGUAAACAACAACAACAGCAACAAAAACGCAACAAAAAACGACAAGGCAACCGGGACAUUUUGGUUCAAUGUCUUUGACUGAAAGGAUUUUGAUGUUUUCUGAUCGGGGAAGAUAAUCAUCCAAACACAAAUGGACAGGUUUUUCUUUUAAAAGUUUAUUUUAAGGCAACAUUUAGCUGAAAUUGAAGGUUUGUGUUUCAUUUCUUUUGGGAUGUUCCAUAUUCUCAAAAACCCUGAUGUCGCAAC